AUGCAACAGGAGGAUAGAACCACAAUCGAAAAAGCAAUGCUAUAUUUGGAUGAUGCAUCUAAGUAUCUCAGACGACAAAAAAUAAAGCACACAAUAGGAAGAAACACAACACCCAUUCCUGAUACUCCUUCAGUUAAAUAUUUGAAAACACAAUCAAAUCUAACAAUGUAUAACGAUUAUAUUGAAUUAAAUGAUCAUAUCAAACGUUUUCAGAAUAAAAAAUCAGGUAGAGUCAGCUGGAAACAAUGCUUCAAACAAGGUCAUGAAGACAAAAAAGCAGUAGUCAUGCAAUUUUCAACUAGUAAAAUUCUGAGAACUCAAUACAAUAAACGUGUCAAGUCCUUUGCCACCAAUACCAUGUCCUCUGCCUAUACUAGUACUAUACUCUCCACCAACACUUGUUAA